AUGCCUUUCAUAGGCACUUUCCUCACAAUAAAUCUUUGGAUAAACCCGAGUCAUUGCCGGCUAGAAGAGGCUUAUUUUCCAUCAGGAGGUGUUUUGGCUACUCCUCCUCCUACACAUGAUUCUUCACUAGUCCACAUUGAUGUUUUAUUCCUAUCAUGUGCAAGACAUCAGAAAUGUGAAAUUCUGAUAUCCUCUUACUAG